GCGUGCAUGCUUUUCCUUCGCUCUCAUAAGCGUGCUUGUGUGGGUGGAUGUUUGUGUGUGUGUGGGUGUGUGGGGGCGGCGUUAGUCGUCCUUGACACAGUCCAAUGAGAAUAAAUUUCUGGUAAGAAAUACUGGGGCGAAUCGAGAAGGCAAACGUGGUUUAUUUUUUCAUUUUUUAAAGAGAUUUGUUUGAGCGCGUUGGAUCUGUGCGCGUGUGUAACGUGUGACCAGCCAGGAAGGAGGGAGAGCAUUUGUUCAUUCCGUUUCGUAACUCUUCAAGUGAGAGCGCAAAUAGAGAGAUAGAGAGAGGCUUGUGACGCCUGCGGUUAUAGUUAAGUUAUCAAUCACGGUUGAAAGAGUCUUUGCACGGAUAGAUUAGAACCAUCGCACGGAUAUCAGCCAAGCAGCUGGGAACACACACUCAAAGUCAUGGGCACCACCAAGGAAGUUCGUGCGGUGAACCCAGAAUCUGACCCAAACAACUUAUACUAUGGAAAGCAGUACAUCAUUUAUAAUCCAAGUCAGGACCCUGUACAGAACGGAUCAUGUCUGAUUUUCCGAAGAAACACCGAGUAUGAUUUGCACAGCAAAGAAAAUGUUCGCUUUUGGCUGAAUCUUAAUGGAAACGCUGAAAAUAAGAAAUUUCCAGACCUGGUGGCCGGCCUCCGCAAAAGCUUCCCGGACGUCAAGUUCACCCGCCGGCUCGUCAAGCUUAUGGCUGCGCUGCUACGCACAUAUGAAGAGGACGGUUACCUCUCGCUCUCCAGCUUCUGCAGGCUCGUCGGGUGGUUUGGUCCUUUGAACCGGUGUUCGAUUAACGGAAGGCAGACCUGCAUUCUCCUAAAGAACCUGGAGGCACUGUUUGAGAAGUCGAUGCUCUCCAGCUGUCUGGGAGUGCCAGAGAGCUGGUUUGCAGGGCACAUGACGCAAACGGAGGCAUGGACGCUGCUCAAAGGGGCUGUUCCCGGGACUUUCCUCAUCCGAUUCUCCGAGUCGCAGGCCGAGAAUGGGAGCUUCGCACUCUCCAUCGCCACUGCCAGUGGGGAACCGGAGAACGUCAGCAUCCAUGGCGACCCAUGCACGGCGAGCCUCGGGAACCCGAUGUUGAACCUGGCCCUGCGCUACGGCGGGGAUGACGAUAACUGCCGCUACCCGGACCUCCCCACGCUGGUGGCCACGCGGCUGAAAAAGCACCCAUUCCACUCGGACCAUGUGGAGCGCUGCAUCUUGCCCUGCCCUCGUCUGCCGCUUGCCUACAUCUUCAACAUGCCAGCGGGCAACGAGACAUAGAGACGGUUCAGCGCGGACUUCUGUCUGAAACCUGGUAUUCUUUUUUGCUGUGGCCAUGGCGGUGCAUGCUAUUGGCCAAAAUAUAGAUUGCCCCGCGUAAAACGGGAUGAGUCGUAGAGUGACUACAUACGUGGCAGAAUGCGUUUGCGUAAGGCUAGCGAAUUUUUGCGAGGCUCAACUGGGACGUGGUGAGCUGGCAGCCGUUCCGUGCUUUGGUCAGUCCCACCCAUUUUUACAUAGCCAUGCCCACGCGAUGUAGUGACCGUCUUUGUUAGAUGGUUAGCUUGCGCAGGUGAGCUGCAUGGAGCAGCGAGCGGUCUGUUUUCACAAGAGGCAGGAGAGUGGGUGAGACCACACACAGGUUGCGUGGUUUACUGGAGGUUUCAGCUGAUUUUGAUAUGUAGAUGUAGUUUUUAUUAUUUAUUGUUGUAAUCUUAUUUUUUUUACCUUAGCCUUGAUGAUGUCAAUAACUUGAAGAUAUAAUAUACUCACAGGAAGGAAAUAUUUAACAUUUUGGAACGUGUUUCCAUUGCAUAAAAAGCCGUCAACUUAAACUACAAUAAAUGUAAUGUGCUAUGAAAUGUGUUUUUGUGAUAUUGUAUUCAUGGUAUUAUAUCUAAUUUGCAAUUAUAUUCCAUUAAAAGAAUAAUGUCGCGUGAUAAAAUAUGGGUUUUCACCUCUUCUAAGACGUCUAGCCAGUGUGAUAAGAGGAUGCAAAAAAUACCCUCUGAGAGCUUCCUCUCAUGGGAGCCCCUUCUACCAGCAGUGGUGUUGGUAAACGAUUGCAGGGCUGCACCUUUAUCUUUAAAAAUACCUUGAGAUUGUGUUUACAGAGGAUAGUACAGUAUACAGUUCAUAAUAAAGUGUUUUUUUUAUUUGGUGGGUCAACGACACAUUUAUGAGGUACCACAGUGGCGAGGUGUUAACUACCUCGCCUGGUAUACAGGAGGUUGUGGGUUUGAUCCCGACCCUAAUGCUUGUAUGUUUGGAGUUUUGCAUGUUCUCCCCGUGGUUGUGUACAUUUCUAUCCGGGCCCUACGGUUUUCCCCUCCACAUUUAGAAUCAACGGGCGUUUAGAGUAUUUUGUCCGCUAUAAAUUUCUACAUUGAUAAGCCACUUCGUUGGGCUAUCAUUCGUGAUGGUCAGAUCGCUUGUGAAAAAAUUAACCCGUAAAACAAAGUGUUUCACUAUAAAUCCUUUAUAUGCGUGGCAUCGGUUUUAUUUUAUUAUUCAUUUCUGUUUUUCUUGAGUAAGAGUUUCAUUUUUAUCACAUUGGUAUUUUAAAUUAAAUAUGAAAUUUAUUUUUUCCUAAAAUGUGGAAAAUUUAGGAAAAAUUUUUUCACGAAAAUUAAUUGUCACACACAACGAGUCUGUGUGCAAAAUGUCAACUCGAUUGGAUCACGGGAAGUGGGUUAAAAAACGACCGAAAGAUUUGCACGGUCGUAAGCGCGCAAGCAAGCAAGCAAGUGAACUUAAUAUAAAGGAUUUAACAAGCAAGCAAGCAAGUGAACUUAAUAUAAAGGAUUUAAAAAUAUCUAUACAGCUCCCCCCAAAAAAACAACCUUUAUUGUGGAUAUUGAUCGCGAAAGCCCACGUGUUAAACUGGCAGUAUUUGAGUGUGGCGAUGGUGUAAAGACUGAGGUUUGACGGCCGCUUGGGGGCUCCGUGGCAUAUUGCUUUAAUUUAGUUUUUAAACACAACAUUGGUAGUGAAUCGAUGUAUUUAAAAUCGAAUUAUAUCCCCUAUUUCAUUGACAACCUUAUCGUGAAGCCGUUGGUAAACUGGAGCGACGUAAAAAAAGAGGACUUUUUGUAUUGGGAAUCAAGUUGACAACGUAGCUCCCAACUAUGCAACAAGAUAAAUGUGCACAGGCUUCAUAAUUUUUAGGAGUCAUAAGGCACGGAAUUAAUUUACCUCGACUCCCUCCAAUAAUGCAAUUCUAAGAAUAGGUGUAUUCUUUUCUUUGAACCUAUCUACGUGACUUUACCGAAACACCAAAAGAAUAUGAAAUCCUGCAGUCACGAAAGCUUUAAGUCAAGAUUUAAGAAUAGGGUUUACCCUUUCUGGCAAUAAAACCGAUGUUAAGAUUCUCAAACACGUACUUGUGUUGAACAUGCAAACUAGCAUGCUCUGAUAAUACUGGUAACACGUUCCUUCGGAGUGGGCAGGUAGGAAAAAAUGAAAAUGAAAUAAAAAUGACUUUUACACUUAUUUUAACAUUUUAUCUACAAAAUUACACCUUGCCAUAUUUACAACAUGUUACCCUAUUUGUAUUUUUGUAUUUUAAGAUUGUAUAUAACGGCUGGUUUACAUUUUAUAUUGUAUACAUAUUGAAAAUUUUACAUUCUUUAGCCCCUGAGUAUUAGUUAGACUUUGUAAUUUUAGUAUAGUUAGACUGUAUACCACUUAUUUAAGUUUUAAGAUUCCUACAUGUUGAAUGUAUGCACCUUCCUGCCAUAGUAAAUUCCUUGUUUGUGCAAACUUUCAUGGCGAAUAAAACCCUUUCUGAUUCUGA